AUGGGGGCGGCCUUUGACGCUUUGAAUAUGCAGCAGUCGUUCGGACAGCGACGAUUAACUUCCGCAACUCUUCCCAGCUUUGAGCUUCCCAAUCCGCAGGCACCGCCACUGUCUCAACAGAAGCACCAGCUGCAUUCCACUAUUACUGCAGCCCAAUCUUCUAUAAGUGGCGUAAAGGUCGGGAAUCUCUUAACCCCACCUGCGAACUCGGCAUCGGACAGCCCGAGUACAAUUGCACAAGGCCGAAACAAUUCACAUUCUUCGACGAUGUCUGACAGUCUAGCGCCAUCAUAUGGCCACAACGCUGUAUAUCCCUCUCCGCUUUCUCCUUCGCCGGCUCUCUCUGCAACUUCAUCCCACCAACAGCAACAACAUCAUGAGCAGCAACAGUCACAAUCUCAGCAAAGCCAACAACAGCAGCAGCACCAACCCCCGUCACAUCAAUCAUCGGUCCCUCAAGGCUUUUCACACCCAACCAGUGGACCAGGCCAACAGCAACCGGCCCCUCAAACAAACCCUCUUGAUCCUUAUGCACACAAAUAUACGUAUGGAGGUCCACAGCAGCCUCCCACGUCGCCAACAAAUUAUAACCCUUACCAAGCCGGCCCAUCUUCAUUACACCCAUCAACAACUGGUGCGCCGGCCGCGAGGGUACCAGGAAUGCCAGUUCUCUAUCCCGUCGAUACCCAGCAGCCUCUCCCGCAAUUCUCGCGUCCUUAUCCGUCCUACUCUCUUCCUGCUAUGAAUGGCCCCAUCAUGAGCAAUAUACAUAGCCCAAACAAUCAGAUGGCGCUUAUAGGAUCCAUGCAGUCCAAUCUUCUUCCUGGCUUCAACAGCGGUCAUGCGGCUAGCCUACACCACAUUUAUAGUGGACAUCCACAUCCGCACCAUUUACAUGGUCUAGUACCUCCCCCACAAAACGACCGACCGUUCAGAUGCGACUUAUGUCCCCAGAGCUUCAAUAGAAACCAUGAUUUGAAGAGGCAUAAGAGGAUUCACUUGGCCGUAAAGCCGUUUCCUUGCCAUCAUUGUGACAAGAGCUUUUCUAGAAAAGACGCUUUGAAGAGACAUAUUCUUGUGAAAGGGUGUGGUAAGGAUCCUGCAUCUGAUAGCAAUAAUACAACUACAACUGCAGUGGGUGCGACCUUGAAAGACGAGGGAAUUGGCGGUACAGUGUCUCCGUCACUGGGCACGAAAUCCCGACAUGAUAAGUAA